AUGCUUAUACGUCUGAUGAUCUCAAUAGCUACGAGUACAACUUGUCAUCACAUCUGCAAUCAAUUCUUGCAACGUGUUUCUACCUUCAAAGUCUUUUUUGAUGCAAAUGUUCAAAGUGUUAUUGAAGACAAACAACAACAAUUUUCACAUUUUAAAUGUUCUUCCUAUAAAGGAAAUAAUGACAGCACAGCAACCACGACCAACGACAACUUACAGAAAAAUAAUUACAGAAUUUCUAAAUAUAAAAUGUUUGUGAUGUCAAGUGACGAUGUUUGUUUGGAAUUGUGGAAUUCUUUUAACUAG